AUGAUCUCGAGAAGAAAUCGCGUCUUGUUCAAUAAAGUUACUCGGGAAUAUCAAGAUACGGUCGAAAAAGCCGAGCAAUCGUUUGUGAAGAAGUGGCGAGAAAAAGACGAUCCGAGACCCUAUCCAAAGAAAAUUCGAAUUUGCAACUUCGAGAUCUACACUUGGUACACAUCGCUUUAUCCACUCGAGAGAGCCUCUGGACGACGACAGCUUGACAUGUCAUUCACAGAAGAUGACGUUCAGGACAAGAACACAAAUGAGAUCAAGCAAGAAGCAAUCUCUUCCUCUUUU